UGUUCUUCAAAGUAUAUUGUACAUAAAAAAAAAAUCUCCUUCAUUUUAGGGUAUGUAAAAAAAAAUGUUGAAUACUAUAUUUAAAAGAAGUGGAAACGUUACCGCAUUAGCCAUUCAGACAGCUCCAAAAGAGUUCUUAAAAGUUUCAGACAGCUAUUGCUAAUUAUAAGUCGUCUGAGAAAAUAAAAUAUCUCACAUAUCUCAUGAAGUAUUACGUUCCAAUUCAACAGGAUGAUGCGUGCAAAAGACACGCAUUUUCUCAGAUAUCGCCUUCGAAAUCUCGUUACAUGCCUCGUAUCUUUAUGAGAAAAUAUGCAUUGACUUCGACAGUGUACAAGUUCUUGGACAUUGGGAUCAUUGUGGAAUCUAUAUUUUGUGUGCAAAUUACGAUUGAUGAUAAUUCAGACAAUCGCAUGUUUAUACCUCAUACUACGUCAAAGACGUUGAUCAAGGAGCGUGCAGAUAUCGAACGAUUAAUGCAGUCAACAGUCUCAUCAUCAUCACCGAUUCAAGAUCUAAAUAUGGAACAUGUUAAAAUAUAUGAUACGAAUAACGUGAAAUUAAUAUUGAAUGGCACAUGUUUGAAUAUGAAACCAAAAACUGUGCUUUUCUUGUUUGAGCUUGAAUAAUGUGUUGAACAUGUAUUCUAUGAACUGAGUUAAUA